AUGGCAUCAUCGAAGUCAUUAACAGAUGACGAGUUGGAAAGAAUAGUGAAUGAUCCUACGUUUUUGCAAUCUGAUGAGGAAACCACAGCAGCUGAGGAUGAAUUUAUACUAAGUGACCAUGAUUCCACCUCUGAAGCUACAUCAGAAAGUAGUUGUGAAGAAUCAGAUGAAGAGGCGUGUAUUAGACCUUCCGCUGACAAAUAUUUUUUUGGAAAAAAGCAGUGCUACAAGUGGUCAAAAGAAGCUCCUCCUACAACUCGUACCCGUGCUCACAAUAUAGUUUGUCAUCUUCCAGGUAGUAAACGUAAAACCAAAACGAUUGAUUCAACUGACAUAUUAUCUGCUUGGGAACUAUUCAUUAGUGAAGAUUUAUUGCAACUAAUACUCACCAAUACAAAUGUCAAGAUACAUGACAUGUCAAACAAAUACAGAGCUCCUAAGCCAGCGUUCAUAAGGCCGCUAGAUAUAGAUGAACUGAGAGCAUUUCUGGGUCUGCUUUAUUUAUCUGGAGUAAUGAAAUCCAAUCACGAAAAUGUUGGACUUUUUGCUAAUGAUGGAACUGGUCGUGAUGUGUUUCGAGCCACUAUGAGCGUUCAGAGAUUUUUGUUCAUUUUGUCUUGUUUGCGAUUCGAUUGUGCUGCUACAAGAGAUGCUAGGAAGGCUGAUGACAGACUUGCGGCUAUUAGAGAUGUGCGGGAACUUUUUAUAGACAAAUGUCAAAAGUAUUAUACUCCAGGAGCGUACGUGACAAUCGAUGAAAUGUUAGUACCCUUUCGUGGUAGGUGCAAAUUUCGCAUGUAUAUGCCCAAGAAGCCAGCCAAAUACGGCCUCAAAGUUAUGUGCCUUUGA